AGCAAGUAAUAAAAAAUAUGUAUGUAUACAUCGUAUUUUUUAUUUAAAACAAAGGUUGAUUUCAUGGACGUUACUAAAUCGACUAAAUAUUAAAGUGCACUAAUCGUAAUAUUAAGUCCUGUAGCAUCACUAUUUAAUUCAUCCUUUUCGUUUGUCACCGCCAUAUUGGAAGUGUGCUUUAUUGCUUCUCGCUGCGAGAAAUAAAUUAUUUUAUACCAUGGGUCACGCAAAUAUCUGGUACUCUCAUCCUCGAAGAUACGGCCAGGGUUCCCGAUCAUGCCGGGCCUGUUCCAACAGACACGGUCUCAUUCGCAAAUAUGGUCUGAAUAUCUGCAGACAGUGCUUCAGGGAGUACGCUCACGACAUCGGAUUCAAGAAGCUCGACUAAUUGUGUAAAGUAAUAAAUGUAAUGUAAGCAA